AUGACAACUCAGAUUAUCAAACACGCUACUAUAGCAGGCGUACAAGUACCUGCUUUGGCAAUUGGAACUUGGGCAUGGGGAGAUAAGACUUGGGGUUAUACACCUGACCAACUUCCUGGUAUUCAAGAAGCAUGGAGAACGUCCGUCAAAUCAGGUUUGACUUUCUACGACACCGCCGAGGUAUACGGAGGUGGAGAAUCAGAAAGGAUUAUUGGAAAUUUGAUUCGAGAAAGUACUGAAGAAGAUAAAGCAAAAUUAUAUAUCGCUACCAAAUUUCUUCCUUUCCCCCAACCAGGAUCUUUUUAUCUCUUUAAUCCACCUCUGGUACAAAGAUUACAAGCUUCCUUGAAAAGAUUGGGAUUAUCUUCCAUUCCUUUAUAUCAAAUUCAUUCUUCAAGUGGAUUAGGUUCUUUUGAAAGUCUAGCAAGUGGUUUAGCAGAAUGUAUAAAAUUGGGUCUAUGUAAAAAUGUCGGUGUGUCAAAUUUCAGUAAAGAUGAAUUGAUUAAAUUCUCUGAUAUAUUACAGAAACAUGGUAUCAAAUUAGCCUCGAAUCAGAUCGAGUUCAACUUACUUCGUCAGGGUCCUGAGAAGAAUGGGUUAUUAGAAGAGAUGAAGAGGAGGGAUAUAGCAUGUUUAGCCUAUUCUCCGCUUGCUAUGGGCAGAUUAACGGGGAAAUACAACGCUUCUAAUCCUAUUCCAAGUGGGAGGAGGUUCAGUAGUCAAUAUACUUGGGAACAACUUGCACCCCUCAUAGAAUAUAUGAAAACCCUUUCUGACAAACAUGGAGUAUCAACAUCCGCUAUAGCUUUGAACUGGGUUAUAAGCAAAGGUGCAAUCCCAUUAGGUGGAGCAAGAAAUGCUAAACAAGCCGAAGAGAAUUCUAAAGCCUUGACAUUCAGUUUGACUCAAGAGGAAAUAACACAGUUGAGUAAUAAAGGAUUUGAAGGUAAAACAUCUUGGCUUUGGCAAAGAGGGUAG